CCCUUAUAUAUAUGUAUUUAUAUAUAAACAAUUUUUGCCCGGAAAAAUUAGAUAAUAAAGCCUCCAAUUUUUAGCGCCCUUAAACAAAGUUUUCCUCAACAACCUUUUUUCUCUCGCUUCUCAAUCUCUACUCCCUCUACUUCGAUGGCUUCAUAUGAAGAGGAGCCGCCGCCGACUAUCCGGUUUACAAACAUCAAAGAGCUCUGCCAGGCAAUUAAGCAGGUUCCUGGAGAUUUUCUGAUUGUCCAAAGUGUUUCUCUUACCGAUUUUGAAGAAAUCAGUCGCCAAGAACCUCGUCGAUUUCGUUUACGCCGGUACCAUGCCGAUAGGGAGAUUCUGAUUAUCACAAUCCCCAGUGAUUUGCACGAAGCACUCCAUAUCGGGAUCUACCGGAGAUAUGACUAUCAGCUUGGGCCAGGAGGGAUAGAGAGCUGGAGAUCAAUUGGCAGCACUACCUUUCGACCACAAGGUCAUCCUGGAGGCGAUGGCGGUGAAGGUGAUUCAUGUGGUGGCCCAAAGCCAGCACGUAAAAAUAAAGGUGCCUGGCCAACCCUAGUCAUCGAGGCUGGGGAUUCUGAAUCCUUAGGUGACCUACGAGAUGAUAUGAGAUGGUGGUUUUCCGCAUCAGACCAUCAGGUUAAUAUUGUCAUUCUUGCCAAGUUUGAUCACCGUAAUCAACGGAUUAUAAUCGAGAGAUGGGAAGAAGAAAUUCAGACUCGCCCUGGCGCUACAACGACUAGAAGGGCAGCUUCUGGCGUCGUUCGGCCUGUAUUACGACAGAGUAUCACCAUCAUACGGGAUACAGCUACCGAUUCAUACCGUGUUACUAGAAGUGCAUUGGUACUUUCGUUUCGGCUUCUCUUUCUACGAGAUCCAGGUCCACAUGAAGGAGAUUUUAUCAUAAGCAUUGCAGAUUUGCAGGCUUACGCACGAGAUGUCUGGGAGGUCAUUUGAGGAUAAAUAGAUGGGUUAAUCGCUAAUCAGAAAACGGAACCUCCAACAUCGACACAAAGAUUACAAUACUUUAGACUGCUGAGGCUUAUAAACCCGUGGCAAGGCGAGGAGGGACUCGCAUACGCUGCGCAUCCGGUCUGUACACCGUGCCCCUUUCUAUCCAGAGGGAAGAAGUAGAUGAAAGUAGCUCUUAAACUACGACUAUAUCAAUAGAGUCGUG